CAAAGGAGGCUACAAUUGAGCUCGCGUGAUGGAAAACCGGCGUAAGCAAGAUCUGUGCAACUAACUGAUGAUAUAAAUUCCUCGGAUGUCCUAACCGGUUGAAAAAUGAUACUUAUCUAAAGAGAUCUGACAUAAAGUGAAGGAUAUUUACGCGACAAGUCGGUCAGCAAAGACAGGAGUAUUUUCUAUAUCUACUUCAUUCAGGAUGGCAGGUCUGACUAUUGAUCAAUGCUUGGAAAAAGUAGGAAGUUUUGGACUGUACCAGAUUCGUCUUAUCUUAGUUCUCAGUUUGAUUGAAUGGGUUAAUGUCGGCUUCCAAGUCAUGCUGUUGACCUUCGUAGCAGCUGAGCCUCCUUGGGUUUGCGUGAACAACAUCACAUGUUCAUUGAAAGGAGAAUUGAAACCAGGAAUGGACGGAUAUAAACUACGGUGCGAUUUGAAUAGGAGCGAUUGGAAAUUCACUGACGAUUUUACAUCAGUUGUAACAGAAUUUGACUUGGUGUGCGAAAACACGUUUCUGGCAAGUCUGACAUCAUCCGUUAUCUUUGUUGGAUGGCUGGUUGCAUCUUUGGCCAGCGGUGUACUGUCAGAUAAGAUUGGAAGAAAGCCGGUCUUGUUUAUAUUCGCCUUUCUUAUUUCUGUCUUUGCACUGAUUGGAUCGUUCCCAAAGGUCUACUGGUUUUUUACUUUAUGUCGCUUGCUAGUGGGAAUGGGCGUUGGUGGAUGUGGUAUGCCAAUCUUUGUGAUUGCUACUGAGUUUGUUGGUGUUCGUCACAGACACAUCGCAGGCACGUCUUUGUGGUAUUCCUGGACGCUGUCCCUCAUGUCGCUUGCUGGUAUCGCGUACCUGGUCAGAGACUGGAGGACACUGUCUAUCAUUUGUUCUGUUCCUGGUUUAAUUGUCUUAGCUGCUUGGUGGUUUGUUCCGGAGUCCACACGCUAUCUGAUAUUGAAAGGAAAGAUGAAGGAAAGUAACGACAUAAUGCGGAAGAUUGCUCGAACUAAUAAAAAGGAGUACCCCGCAGAACCUCUAUCGGACCCAACAGCACAAGGAAAACAAAACUUGGGAGAUUUUAGGGAUUUGUUUCGAACAAAAAGAAUGAUCCACAGAACAUUGGUUUCCUGGUAUUCAUGGUUUGUCAACGCCAUGGUAUAUUACGGCGUUUCUUUUGCUUCUCCAUCUCUCGGUGGCAACAUGUACUUUAACUUCUUCCUGACGAGCAUCGUAGAGAUUCCCGCGAAUUAUGCAGCUAUUUAUGCCAUGGGAAAAUGUGGACGCAAGAAAACCUUGGUUGGAGGUUUGAUUAUAGCAGCUUUAGCAUCUAUUGGGUCUGUAAUAAUCACCAUGAAAGAUCCUGGAAAUGACAGUGGUUUUCAUGCUGGUCAAAUCAUAAUGGCUAUGACAGCCAAGUUCUUCGUCAUGAUGUCAUUUGACGCGAUAUACGUGUAUGCGGCAGAGCUCUUCCCCACCGUCGUGAGGAACGUUGGAAUGGGAUCGUCUACAGCCGCAGCACGACUUGGGUCCUUUGCAUCUCCUUAUGUUGUUUCACUGAAUCGUAUCCAUCCUCUCCUGCCGUUUGGCAUUAUGGCAGUAAAGGCAUUCCUAGCUGGCUUACUAUGCAUGACACUACCAGAAACCAAAGGUAAACCAACUGAAGAAACCUUGAACGGUGAUGCUGCGUUAGCUGCUGAUAAUGUCGUGGUAAUGAGUGAGUUAGAGGACGACGACGAGGGACUUGAAGACAAAGAAAAAGAAAAGAAAGAUGAGGAGAAAUGUGCUGGGAAAAUGCAGACUCCAAAUGGUAAACCAAUGCUUAAUGGUGACGCACCAAUGGCAGCUGAUAAUGUCGUUGCUGUCGAUGAAGUAGACGACGAAGAAAAAGAACCAAAAGAACAAGAAAAGGAGGAGGAAAAUAAGCAGGAAAAUGAAGAUAAAUCGAUACAAAAUAAUGAUGCUUCGAUGACUGCUGUUAACCCUGUAACUGGUGAUGAGGAAGAAAGCAAAGAAAAGAAUAACGAAGACGAUGAAACAGCUGAUAAUCAAACUGAUAAUGCAGAAGACGAUAGUGAAGUUGAAAGCACUGCCCUUUGAUGAUACAAUUAGGGUGUUUAUUUCUUAUCUUUAAAUCUUAAUAUAUACCUUUAGCUAUUGACAAUUUUUCAUGGCAUGGCAUGUUUCCAUUAUGACAAAAAAAGUUUGACGAGACGAAGUGCGUAGCUCGUUGUCUUAGAACAAAACUUUUCUGACGUUUUUAUCAUCCAUCAUUAAGAAUACGUAAAAAGGAUAAUUUGUGGUUAGUAGCAUGUUUUGCAACAAAAACUGAACCCAUAUAUUAUAAUAUUAGAUACUUUUUUUGUAAACCAACCCACAACGCGUACGCUGAUAACAGCUGCAUUUAUGGCGCAUGACUCCUAGCACCGAAAGACAGAGCAAAGUUAUUGAUGGCUGUGUGUGGUCAAACCCUUACACAUGUGGGAAGUAUCCAAUAAGUAUUGGCGGUUAUGGUUAGAGAUUGUUUGACCAACUAUCUCUUAACGAGGGCGCGGUAAGGGGAGUCUGGCACACAGUACACAACAGUAAAUAAUGCUUCACGAAAAUGUAAAUUACAUGAACGAUAAAAUGCCCUAGCUAUAGACAAUAGGUAUUGUAGUGUAGCUAAAUGCUCAGUUUGAUAAGAUCCGUGUUUGUGUACCAUUGUGUAAAAGACAAAUAGUGUACUUAUAUCACAGAUUAACAGUUAAAAAAGCAGGGCGCAACAAAUUGCAUGAUAGACAACAAUAGAAAUAUGGCACAUUUACUGCA